AUGAAACUAAUUCAACUCGACCUCACAUUAUUUGAUGAAAAAGCGAUCUCAUGGAAGUUUAAUUUCCGCGAAUUUGGUGUCGAUAAAGAUCUCCAAAACUCAGAUUCUAUCGCAUUGCUCAAGCGCCAAGACAUUGAUUUCUCAAAGAACAAGCAAGCGAGAAUAUGUUCCUUUCACUUUGCCAAGUUGUUUGUGGCAUCUGAACUUUCGAUGGCCCUGACAUGGCUAAACCAAAAUCCGACAUUGGUGUUCGAUAUGAAGCAGAUAAUGAGAAUUCAUCGGGUUAACGGCGGCCAUGAUCGGGUCGCAGAGUUUGAAUGUCGGGUUAUGAGUCUUUCUUCAUAG